ACGCAGCAGUCACACUUCGCCCAGCCCCCUUUUCAGCUGCUAGCCACAGAAAAUCAAUCGUCAGAAGAGAUAUUCCGUUUUUCGGCAAUACUAAAAAAUUAGAAGCGUGAUUGUGAAGUGUGUUGCUGUGAGUGACGAGUCGAGAUGUCGUCUAAUCAGCAAAACGAAAGAGGCAAGAUCCCGUCUCUUCCCGACGAGAAAAUCGACAUGUUGGCCGCGACGAGUGUCCUGCAACAGCAGGCAUCCGAAAUCCGGCAGCAGCGAGUAAAUUGGCAAUCCUACCAACAGUCCCAGAUGAUUUCAAACGAAGAUUACACGUUCAUCGUCGCCCUGGACAACGCAACUGAUGGCAGGGCCCGAGAGGAACUUCUUAAGAGCCAGCGCGGUCAGUGCGCCAAGACCUUCCUCAGCCUCCUGGGACAUGUUUCCAAGGAUACUACCAUCCAGUACAUUCUUGUCAUGCUGGACGAUCUUCUGCAGGAGGAUCGAAGCCGUGUCGAAAUCUUCAGAGAGCACUCUGCCCGCAAAAGGGAGUCCCUGUGGAGCCCUUUCCUCAACAUGCUGAACAGGCCUGAUGGCUUCAUUGUCAACAUGACGUCCAGGAUUGUUGCCAAGCUGGCCUGUUGGAGCGUCGAGCCAAUGGAGCGUUCAGACCUGCAGUUCUACCUCACCUGGCUGAAAGAUGAACUCCAGAAACAGACUGACAAUGUUUCGGAAUUGAUCGAGUCUGCUGACAACAUCAACCUUGCUCCUUCCAGCGACGAUCACAUUAGCCAUGAUGCAGUUGGCUAUGAAAUAACCUUGGGCAAUGAUUACAUCCAGAGCGUGGCCAGGUGCCUGCAAAUGCUGCUGCGCCACGAUGAAUACCGCAAGGCUUUCAUCGCCGUCGACGGCGUCACCACCCUGCUUUCAGUCCUCUCCUCCCGGCAGAACUUCCAGAUCCAGUACCAGCUUAUCUUCUGCCUCUGGGUCCUGACUUUCAACCCUGAAAUGGCCGGACGCAUGAACAGAUACAAUGUUAUCCCGAUCCUGGCUGAUAUUCUGAGCGAUUCGGUGAAAGAAAAGGUCACUCGCAUCAUUCUUGCUGUGUACAGGAAUUUGAUUGAGAAGCCCGAAGACAAUGCCAUCUCAAAGGAAAACUGCGUUGCUAUGGUGCAUUGCAAAGUGCUCAAGCAACUCAGCAUUCUGGAACAGCGCAAAUUCGACGACGAAGACAUCCAGAGCGACAUUGAGUUCCUAAACGAGAAGCUGCAUAACUCUGUUCAGGAUCUCAGUUCCUUUGAUGAAUACGCAACCGAACUCAAGUCUGGAAGGCUUGAGUGGAGCCCUGUGCACAAGUCUGCCAAGUUCUGGCGUGAGAAUGCUGGUCGCCUUAAUGAAAAGAAUUAUGAGCUUCUGCACAUUUUGAUCAAAAUCCUCGAAACGAGCCGCGAUCCACUGAAGCUCAGCGUGGCGAGCUUUGACAUCGGCGAAUACGUCAGACACUAUCCCAGAGGCAAAAACAUUAUUGAGCAGCUGGGUGCAAAGCAGCUUGUGAUGCAGCUUCUCGGCCACGAGGACUACAAUGUUCGCUACGAAGCCCUCCUGGCUGUCCAAAAAUUGAUGGUUCACAACUGGGAAUAUCUCGGCAAACAAUUGGAGAAAGAACAAGGACAGUCGGGCGGAGUCAAGGCAUAAACUGUCUUAAUUAGUUUUCUAUCAUCCAUCAGUAUUUGGUGUAGAAUGUUAAUUUCUUUAUCUUGCUAAGUACUUGAGUGGAAAAAACAGAUAUUCAAAUUUGGUGCCAUCUGCCAAAUUCUGUAAAUAAAUUGUAAACUAUAUCAAGAUUCCCAAUGUUGAAUAUAUUGAAUAUAAAUUGUACAAUACCUAUUACUGUGAGUAAAUGUUGAUUAUGAGAACCAUUCCAGCAAUGUGAUCGCGAAUACAUAAUUUUAUUUUCGUUAAUACUAUGUUGAACAAAUAUAUAUUUCUUGAAAUUUUGUUUUGAAAGACAAGUCUAGGAAUGUGGAAAAUAAUUUAGAAAUCCAGUUAGUAAAGUGGUGUAUGUAUGGUCUAGCCAAAUGUUAACUGCUGAUUCUGUUGAAAUGUACCACUAAUUAAAUAAAACUCUUGUUGUGCAUUA